AUGGAUAAGGACUCUUUGUUGAAUGCCUUGAAAGGCACCCUUGACUCAAAUACACAAGUGAGAAAAACAAGCGAGCAGAGCUUACAUGUUUAUGAACAACAACCUGGUUUUACUAGUUAUUUAUUAGACCUCAUCACUGAACUGGGGACCGACCAGGGUGUGAAAAUUUCCGCAGCGAUUUUUUUCAAAAACAGAAUCAACAACUACUGGAUUAUCUCCGAGCACUCGAAGCAACCUACAUCUUUUUUCAUUCAAGAGAAUGAAAAGUCUGUCAUAAAGGAGAAAGUGAUUGAUACUUUGGUCAAGACAUACCAAGUCCACCAAAUCAAAUUUUCAUUAGCAACAGCAUUGAAUAGCAUACUAAGCUUUGACAAAUGGGAUGAUAUUAUCCCACUUAUAUCCAAAAUGUUAGCAUCCCAAGAUAAGGAUCAGAUCUACGUGGGGUUAAUCUGCCUUUAUGAAUUAGUCAAGAGCUAUAGAUGGUCUGGAGUUGAAUCUAAGAACUUUGUUAAUCCAAUGAUGGAAGAUAUAACGCAGCAGUUGUUUCCAGCCGUUGAGGCUUUGGCUAAUACCAUUGUGGAAAGUGAGAGUAGUAACAUAAUAAGCGAUGAAAUGCUUUACCUCAUCAUCAAAUCAUUCAAAAACGCUACGUAUUCGUCACUACCAUCCUAUUUUCAAGACGCGAACAAAUUGGGUCUUUGGUGUCAAAUCCAGAUAAUGAUCAUCAAUAAGCCUUUGCCAAAAGAAGUAUUGGAGGAAGAUAUGAUAGAGCAACGUGUACUUCACCCCAGGGUCAAAACUGUCAAAUGGUGUUUUGCCAACAUGAAUAGGCUCAUCAAUAGACACGGUGGUGGUGUUUUGUCAGCUAAGGGUGAUCCUGCAUUUAUUUCUGCAUUUUUAUCGAACUUUGUACCUCAGAUCUUGAGCUCGUAUUGGAAAAUUAUUGAAGAUUGGGCUUCGAGAAAAGUAUGGUUAAGUCCAAUAUCCUUGUUCUAUAUGAUAUCUUUCUUGGAACAAGUGAUUGAAACUCCAUGCUGGCCAUUAGUUCAAGAAAAACUUGACGCAAUAGUAAAACAUUUAGUUCUUCCCUCUUUGCAAGCCACAGAAGAGACAAUUGAAUUGUAUGAGGAUGACUCAUUGGAGUACAUCAGAAGAUUCUUUGAUGUCAAUAGAGAACAAAAGACGGGAGAUGUGGCUUCCAUCAAUUUUGUCAAUAGAUUGGCCAACAAGAAGUUUGGUGAGAGCAUUGGUCUUUUGUUUGGUGUCAUAAAUGAAACAUUUAGCGAGAGAACCCAGAACCGCGGAAAUUUGGAGACUGCUUUGAAGACAGAAGGUGCCUUGAGAAUUUUAUCCACAAUCUCUUACAAGUUAGAUGAUGCAUCGUCGCCAUGCGUUGGACAGGUUGACAAAGUGUUGGAAAUGUUUGUUGCGCCGGAGCUUUUGCAUGAACACUCAAUUAAGACUCCAUGGCUAACCGCACGUGCUUGCGACACUGUAGCAAUGUUCCAUACACACCAAUACCUGGAUGUCAAUGUCUUGAGCAAUCUAUUCCAAAGCAUCAUUAGAUGUUUUCAGGAUGAAUCACAGUUUCCAAUUCAGCUCACAGCAGCUGAUGCUUUAGCAACAUUGGUAAACCAAGAUGCUGUUGCCGAACAAGUUGCACCUCAAGCGCCACAAUUGAUGGAAAAUUUGUUGGAAAAGUCCAAAAAAUAUGAAAGCGAUAUUCUUACAAAUGUCAUGGACACUUUUGUGGAAAAAUUUGCAAGCAACUUAGAGCCAUAUGCUGUUGAGCUAGGCGCGAAAUUGGUUGAACAAUUUUUGCGUUUGGGAAAUGAGAUUUUAGAACAGCAGAGUUCAGGUCGUGUUGACGAAGACAAAGAGUACCAAGCCGGCGGGUUGCUCAAUACAUUGGUUACACUCAUCAUAUCUAUGACUAAUGCCAAAGAAGUUGCUACAAGACUCGAGCAUGUUUUGAAAGAGUUGGUGGUGUUCAUUUUUGAGAACGCCAUGAUUAUAUUUUUGACUGAUGCUGUAGAGAUUCUAGAGUCUUUAUUAGAGUCGAGCGAUGAAGUUUCACAAACAAUGUGGUCCAUUUUCCAAGUGGUGAUUGAAUCUUUUGACACUUAUGCAUACGAGUAUUUCGACCAGUUGCAACCACUUUUUGCUGCAAUCAUCAAUAAAGGUUUUACAAGCCCUCAGAUGACAGUAGACGUUCCAUAUUUCCAAUCAUUCUUGACUAUUUGUUUCAACACUCUCAAACAAGAAGAAACGGACCCUAUUUUUGCACACUAUGCUUUUGAAGAUGUGGAGUUGACCAUCUUGGCCAUGGGGAGUAGAAUGGCUCCGUUUUUGCCAACUUUAUUAACCGAGAUUUUUGACAUUUAUAAUAACUUGGAUGCGCAAGAUGCAUUUGAUGGCCACAUGCUUCAUCGUUUAUCCUUGCUCAAAGUAUUGUUUGCGUCUAUUUAUGUUGACCCAAUCAAUACAGUUCAGUUUAUUAAUUCAAGGGGUUUUUUGAUUGAGUUUUACAGGUUGUGGAUUGCGCACUCUGACGAUUUCCAAAGUGUUUAUGGAUGUAAAUUGCAAAUGUUGUGUGCCAUGGCCAUUGCCAAGAGUGAUGCCAUAAAGCAAAUUCCAGAAGACCUCAUCGGCGAAACUGUGGACUUGUUGUUGGGCAAUGUUGCUGCUUUGCCUAAUGCCAUUCAAACAAAGAACGCCAUUCUUUUGAGUGAAACGAGUCAAAAGGAUCAAAUCAAGAAUGAAUUGGAAGGCAAGCUGGAAUACGAAGAGAUUGCUGAUUUGGAAGAUGAAUAUGAGAUGGAUGAGGCAGAAAUGGAGGCAUUGAAACAAACUCCAAUUGAUAAAGUAAAUGCAUUUGAAGAGUUUGUUAAUUUCUUUCUCUCGGUGCAACAAAAUGAUACUGAAAGGUACCAAGUGUUAUUCAGUGAUUUGGACGACAACAGAAAGGAACUCGUCGAGAGUUUAGUAAAAGUUACUCAACAUACAAAGUAA